AUGGCCGUGGCCGGUGAGGCCAGCUCCCCCCAGGACGGCAGUGCCCUGGCUGUGCCCCAAGUCUGGGGGGAGUGGGCAGCGUCCUUCCCCCCCGCCCCCGCCACGGCCGUGUCCACCCCGUCCAUCUGCUCCAGCGCCCUGAGCUAUGAGCCCGGUUCCUGCACCGGCUCCUGCUGGCAGGUGGACGACUGCCCAGAGAGCUGCUGCAAGCCCCCUUGCGCCCCCAGCUGCUGCGCCCCGGCCCCCUGCCUGACCCUCAUCUGCGCCCCGGUGAGCUGUGUGUCCAGCCCCUGCUGCCAACCAGCCUGCACCAGCCCCUGCACGGUCCCGUGCUGCCAGCAGUCUAGCUGCCAGCCCUCCUGCUGCACCUGCUCCCGUCAGCAGGCCUGCUGUGUGCCCGUCUGCUGCAAGCCUGUGUGUUGCACACCUGUCUGUUGCAAACCUGUCUGCUGCACACCUGUCUGCUGCAAGCCUGUCUGUUGCACACCUGUCUGCUGCAAGCCUGUCUGUUGCACACCUGUCUGCUGCAAGCCUGUCUGUUACACACCUGUGUGCUGCAAGCCCGUGUGCUGUGAGGCUGCCCCCUGCUCAGCCCCCUCAUGCUGCCAGCCCACCCCCUGCCCCUCGUCCUGCUGCAGACCCUCCUCCUCCGUGUCCCUGCUCUGCCGCCCCGUGUGUUCCUGCCCGGUCUGCUGUGUCUCCGCCUCGGCCCUGGAGCCCUGCUGCUGA